AUGUCGACAAUCGAGCUUGACGUCCGACCCGGGCAGGGUGUAGGUCCUUUCGACAUUGGAGCCUCUCUCUGGAACGUUCUGGACACGCUCAGGGAGGGAAAAGCACAAUUCCCACAAGUGGAGAUCAAGUUCGAUAAUGAGGAUAAAGCGCCUGCUACAUCACCCAUCAUCAUAACACUACCGCCUCAUGUGUCGCUCCUCUUUACCGGGAGAACGCAGCGCCUUCAUACGAUCCUUCUUCAUCCCAUCACCCCUGUUCCUCCAUACUCUGGACUACGACUAACGUACAAGUCUCAAACUAUCUCUUCCCCAUCCCAGCACUUCAAGCGCUCCGAUGUCAACGCCGUCUUUGGGCCUACAUAUAAGGGGAAACGACGGCUCAUUUUCCCUGGGAUAGUGUUUGAGUUUGAGCGUGCGGAGGGUGAAGACGGAGAAGCGCGGAGGGCGGGGAGGGAGGAGCAGGUGGACAGGAUUGUGGUUGUACAACGGGAGAAGGAGCGAGAUGGUGUGGAGGUCGACCAGGAGGACGGAUUACGGGAGUGCCAAGCGAUGGUUGGUGAGCUGAAGAGGGCGGACAUCACGAUGCACCAAGGUGUCACCCUGCAUUUUGUCCCUUCGCUCACUUCUACCACCCCUCCCGAACCAAUCCGGGUUACGAUGCACCAAACUACCGCGGAGGAUCUGCUCGCAGACCUCGGUCCACCCCUCCGAGUACACUACAAAACAGACGAACGAAUGAGUAUCCAUUCUGCAGCUUCCGGAAUGGAGGAAGAUAACAACUCAUACUUUUAUAACUACUUCCAGCACGGGCUCGAUUUCCUGCUGGACGGGGAGACGCACAGGGUCACGAAGAUUGUUAUGCAUUCUAAUGUUGUCGGUUCUGCCCUUUUCCAGCGAUACAAGCGUUGCCCUUGGCAGCUCAUCCCUGCCCAGCCUUCGGGGUCACCAUCAUCGAAUGACGCUGCCAGUCCAGUGCCGAUAACAGUCGCUUCUCCACCAGACACGCUUAUCCGAUAUCUGUCGCCUCUGCCCUUAUCCAACGACACGGAUUCUCGAACCGACGCCCCGCCCAGCAUGAUCCUGGACCGUGCCAGCGAGUCGCGAGAUGGCCCCCUCUUGGUAGGGCAGACAACGAGGCUGCUCGGGUUCGACGGAUGCGUCCUCGAGGUGGGUGACGGUGGGGAGAUAUUGGCGUUGGUACUGUUUUAG